AGUGCAGGCGUUAAACGGACAGUGAGGUCACGAGAUCACAGUUUUCCAGGAAUCAAGGCCAAAGGUAUGAACAAGGCAUAAGUUCUGAAGGGAAGAUUUUUGUAAGGAUGGACCCACGCCAGAAGGUCUCCAACAUAUAUAAUGGCAAUACUUUACAGAUUCCUGGGUAUGAAAAAGCUUCUCAGUAUGAGGACCAGUUGGAAAGGCAUGAGGACAGGCCUGCAGAAGAAAGACGGUAUAAAUGCACUGAAUGUGGAAAGAAGUUUGCACAGAGCUCGGGCCUUGUUCGACAUCGGAGAAUCCACACUGGAGAGAAACCCUACGAGUGUGAUCACUGUGGAAAAGCCUUCAGUGUGCGCUCAACCCUCACUGUGCAUGAAAGAAUCCACACCGGUGAGAAACCCUAUACUUGUAAUGAGUGUAGGAAAGCAUUCAGUGUGAGGGCGCACCUGAUUAUACAUCAGAGAAUCCACAAUGGAGAGAAACCCUAUGAAUGUAACGAAUGUGGCAAAGCAUUUAGUGUAAGCUCAGACCUCAUCAAACAUCAGAGGAUCCACUCUGGUGAAAAACCUUAUGAGUGUGAUGAGUGUGGAAAAGCCUUCAGUGUGAGCUCAGCCCUCAUCAAACAUCAGAGAAUCCACACAGGAGAGAAGCCAUAUGAGUGUAAGGAGUGUGGGAAGGCCUUCUAUGUGAACUCAGCCCUUAUUAAUCACCAGAGGAUUCAUUCUGGAGAAAAGCCCUAUAAAUGUGGAGAAUGCAGGAAAGCAUUCAGCCAGAUCUCAACCCUUAUCCAUCAUCAGAGAAUCCAUACUGGAGAGAAACCAUACGAGUGUGAUGAAUGUGGGAAAGCAUUCCGAGGGAGCUCUAAUCUUACUAAACACCAGAAAAUACAUGCCAAAGGAAAGUGUCAUCAGUGAUUUAUACAGUGAAGAUAUUACAAAGGCCUUUUUUAAAAUCAGAAGUUGUCACUAAAAAUGUAGGGUAUGAUAAAAGUUAAUGUUUUAGUGGACACUUCAUUUCUUGGAAUAUUGAAGAAGUGAGAAGUCAAUAAAAAAUGACUGCAUCAUCGUAAUGAUUGACUAAGGCUCUAAAAUCACAUCUACCUCUGAGGAUGCAGUUUUACAACUCAUAAGGUAAAUUAUACCGUAAUGUAGUUUGUUAUCGUUUAGUAAGAACAAACUUGAGAGUUCCCUUUUGGCGCAGCUGGUUUAAGAUCCAGUGUUGUGAGAGUUCCUGUUGCGGCACAUUGGAAACAAACCCAACUAGUAUCCAUGAGGACACGGGUUCGACCCCUGGCCUCACUUAGUGGGUUAAGGAUCUGGCAUUACCGUGAGCUGUGCUGUAAGUCCCAGAUGUGGCUUAGAUCCCCUGUUGCUGUGGCUGUGUUGUAGGCCUGGGAACUUCUAUAUGCCGUGAGUGGGGCCCUAAAAAGCAAAAAAAAAAAAAAAAAAA